CCAGAGCAGAAAAAGGGUAGAUUAGAGUUGCGAAAUGCAGCGGAAUGGCCCUUUAUUAUUCCAAUCGGAAACGGAUCCUAAAAACUGAGCCACGUUCAUCCGUCUCUGUCAGGACGUCCCACUCUGACCUACCGCAGAACACCGGCUGUAACUAACCUGACCAAAUACGAGGACAUUUAGAACGCAAAACAACCUGACCAGCCAUAACUCGGACUUUAUGACACGAAAUAGUUAAAAACGACACCAGACAAGCAUAGAAGUGAAACUGGAUUCCGACCUUUUCUGUUUCCUUAUUUUCAGGCAUUGCCGCUGCUCACAUCCAGCGCACAUUCGUGGCGACGAUGUGAGGGAGGAAGCAGCGUAAAAGUCACAAACCGAGACAAACACAAACCGAGUUUCUUUGAAAUGCUGCAUGCAGCUCGAUCCUGCAUCCCGACAUGGGUCAUCCUUGUUUGCACCGUCACUGUGAGUCCGUAUUACUGCGCCGCCUCCGUACAGAAGGCUACCUGCAGCGUGCAAGACGGCAGAGCAGACUGCAGCCACCUCACCCUGAGCUCCGUCCCUCAGGAUCUUCCCGGCAACAUCACCGCCCUGGACUUGUCUCACAACAGAAUGACAGCGGCUCCCCCAGACUCAUUCAAAAGAUACACAGGACUUUUGCACCUCAGCAUCAGCUACAACAGCAUCAAAACCCUGGAUGAGGGCCUGUGCAGGAACCUCCCUCUGCUGCAGACCCUGAACUUGAUGCAUAAUGAAGUGCAUUUACUGCAAAAGGAGAAUUUCAAAUACUGUAGCAAACUAACGUGGCUGAAUAUGGCCAGCAACCGGUUAAAGCUGCAAGGAGAACCCUUCUCCUUGCUUCAGAACCUGAAAUAUCUUGACGUCUCCAUGAACAACCUGAAGUCAGCCAGGCUUGGUUCACAGCCUCAGCUGCCCAGCUUGGAAACCUUAGAACUCAAACACAAUAACUUCAACACUCUGAAAAGAGAGGAUUUCUCCUUCCUGAAGGAUUCACCCCUCCAUGUCAUCAACCUGAUGUCAUCUGUGUCCCUACAAAAAUUGGAGCCUGGUUGCUUUAAGCCUAUUCCAGGCCUGCGUAUGUUAUUCCUCAAUGGUAGCAGAAAGGGCUUCAUGUUCAUAUCUGACCUCUGUUCAGAGCUGUCUGAAACAGCGAUCAGUGCCAUGUCUCUGAGGAACAUCGGGCUGACGAAUCUGACAAACAAAACCUUCUCAGGUUUGAAGAAAACAAACCUAACCCUUCUGGACCUGUCUGGCAACAGCAUUGAGAUAAUUGAAGAUGGCUCCUUUCAGUGGCUCUCUGAACUUCAGAUUCUUAACUUGACUGGCAACGGCAUUAAGCACCUGACACGAGAAACUUUUAAAGGCUUAAAAAUGUUGAAAAACCUACAGCUGACUAAAGCGCUGGUGAAAAGUCAGAAACCCUCUCUCCCUGUUAUUGAGGAUUUCACGUUUCAACCAUUAAGCAACCUUGAGACCCUGGUGUUACAAAACACUCCGUUUGUCAACAUCACAGAGAAUACCUUCAAAGGUCUGAUGAGUCUCACAGAUCUUGACUUGAGCUGGAGCAAUUCUAUAUUCACAAGCAAAAAACUCUCCAGUAAGUUUUUUGUCUCUCUUGCCGAUUCACCCCUAAGAAAGUUAAACCUAGAAGGAAAUGCUUUGGUGGGAAUUGAACCCGGGAGCUUCUACUGUCUGAAAAGUCUCUCCAUUCUUCUUCUUGAUCGCAAUUAUAUUCGUCAAACAUUCAGCGGCAAAGAAUUGGAAGGUCUUGCUCAGUUACAAGAGCUUCACAUAAGCAAUAACGUCCAGCAAAUUAAUCUGACCGCGCAGACAUUCGCCAGUGUGACUGAUCUUAGAGUGCUGAUGCUGGGAAAGAGUCUGCAAGCCGAAACCUUGAACCAGGAUUCCUCUCCGUUUUGGCCUUUGUCCAACCUCACUGUAUUGGAUCUCAGCAACAACAACAUUGCGAACAUCAGAGAGAAUUUGUUAGAGGGGCUUGAGAACCUCCAGGUCCUGAAGCUCCAACAUAACAACUUAGUCCGGUUGUGGAAGACGGCAAACCCUGGUGGGCCUGUCCUGUUUCUCAAACACACACCGAGGCUGGUAAGCUUUGAGAUGGAUUUCAAUGGAAUGGAUGAGAUCCCAAGAGAAGCUUUCAGGAAUUUGAAUCAACUCAGGGAGCUUAACUUUAGCAACAAUCUUUUGAACAAUUUACGGGACUCGGUGUUAGACGACCUUACGUCCCUUAAGGUUUUACGUCUGGAGAAGAAUUUUAUCACCUCUGUCAGGCCAGAGGUGUUCAGAACUCCCAUGAGCAACCUCAGUGUCCUUGUCAUGGGAAAAAACCCGUUCGACUGUACCUGCGAGAGCAUCCUGUGGUUUGUCACGUGGUUGAACAAAACUAACGCUAGUGUGCCAGGUCUCAGAGACCAGUACAUGUGCAACACCCCGAUACUUUACUUCAAUCACUCCAUCAUGGACUUUGACCAACUUUCUUGCAAAGACAUGGCCCCAUUCCAGGCCUUUUAUGUGCUGAACAGCACAGCCGUUUUAAUGCUGAUUCUCACUGCCCUUAUUUACCGAUUCCACGGCUGGAGGAUCCUGUUCUACUGGAACAUAUUGAUCAAUCGCACAUUAGGAUUUAGUGACGCCAAAGUGGAGGAGGGCAGAGAGUUUGAGUAUGACGCUUAUGUCAUACACGCUGAGGAAGACACCCGCUGGGUGGAGAGACGACUGGUUCCUUUGGAGAACGAAACCUGCAGGUUUUGCUUGGACGAUCGAGAUUCUGACAUCGGCAUGUUCCAGGCUGACUCCAUCGUGAAUAAUAUGAGAAAAUCUAGAAAAAUCUUGUUUGUGGUGACCGAGCGUCUUCUCAACGAUCCCUGGUGUAGACAAUUCUAAAGCUUUGCUAUUUAAAGUAACUUCAUCUUCUAAAUUUGAUGUGAAGAAGAAUUUAAAGGGGCAGUAUCAUGUAAAAUGGACUUUUUGAGCUUUACAUCAUGUUAUAAUGUUAUUUCUAGAGUGUUGCUAUGAUCCUUUCAGGCCUGUUUAAGAAAUCUUUUAAUCUCUCGUGGCAACCAGUCAGCUGUGCAAAACGCCCAGGUUGGACUCUUCAUUGGAGCUGCAGUCUCUCAGCUACUGCCUCACAGUUCAGGCCUCCCUUGUUACUCUCCCAAUCUUCUCCUUCAGACUAGCCAGCAGCAAUUAGCAAACACCUGGUGGAACUGCACAUCUGCUGAGCUCAUUAUAGGAGCUACUUCUCUGUGCAGCACUGGUAAAGUGUUGUUAAAGGGUUAAUAGGAGCCAUGUUGUGAUGACCUCCUGAAGGCAGAGUUUCAGAAAGAGAGAGUUUUGAAAGAGACGAAGGUGUUAAAUAUCAAAGUCAAAUUUCUUUUAAGUCAUAUUUGAUAUAUGCAGUAUUUCUAGAACAACUGAAGUUAACAUAUUUACUUGAUUGUGCUAUAAAAUGGCACUAUGUGCCUGCAAAACCCAUAAUACUGCCCCUUUAAAAAUAUAUAUUAAAAAAAGGAGUGUAGCGAAGUCAUACAUGACAACAGAGUGUCAGUUUACUUUUUUUUGUUUGCCUCAUGUAAGCUGACUCCACUAUGUUCAGACCAACACUGUGUUGGCUUGAUGCCAUAUCCUGCAGGAUUUCUCUAACGCUCAAUAAAACUUGCUCUUUGUCAUUGGUGUGUGUUUAAGCACAGACUAAAUUUAGAAGAACUUUGACACCAACCUCAUAGUACUGUUAGAAGAAAAUAAGUAUGAACCGCUUUCUUGAUUUCAUAACGUAUCUUUUAAAGCGCAUCCAUUUUUGUGAAAAUUAUAAUUGCGCUCUUCAAAGCUUUUUCACCACUUGAUUUUUUUCUUGCCCU